AUGCCUGGUCCCUCCCGCACGGCGGCCGACCCACCUGCCGCGGCGCCCAUCACGGCGCCGGAGGAGGACGCGCCGCUCCUUACAGAGAAGCGGCUUUUGCUGCUCUCCGGCGCGGCCUUUGUCACGGGAGCAGUCGGUGCAGCGUUGUAUGGCCUCAAACGACGGCCGUUUGCGCAGCACAUCGCCUGGGACGACGUCGCGGCACCUACCACGACGCCGUCUACUGGCACCGCGCCUCGCGCCUCGCCCAUGGCAGUGCUGGCGAAGCGCCACCCAGCAUCCACGCCAGGCAGUCCACAUGCGAUGACAGCGGCGGAUACCCAUGACGAGCCGCCUAAAAGUGCGUUGGCCCUCUUCCGUGAAAUGAACAGCAUGAUCUUCACCUCGCUCCGCGAGAAGAAAAAGACGCCAUUGCCUGUAAAGGCCGUGCCUGUAUCACGCGCCCAUACCGCACCCGUGUCGGCUAGCAUAGGCGCCCUCUCGCGCCAUGUACCUGCAGGCCCUGCCGCGGCCUUGCGUGGUACGACGGCGGCCAAGCCGGACGAGGCCGAGGACGAGGCGGACGAUAGCGCUACUAUGGCCAUCAAGGCAUUUUCUGUGGCCACAGGGAUCGUCGGCACAGGUGCCCUGGUCGCGGCGCUGAUCAUUCGGUACACACUCGGUGUAAAGACACUCCAGGAGUUUACCGACAAAAUGCAUGAGCUCAUGCCAUCGGUCGGACGACAAUCGUCCAUGGCCCGCUACAUUCCCGCUGUGCCUUUGCCUGCAUCUGAAGAAGCGGUGACGCAGCCCGCGAGAGAACUCUCACACGACGAACUGAUUCAUCGGCUGGAUCAUACAGACGACCCAUUGGAAUGGCUACGUAUCGCCCGUGCGCAGCUGGACGCAGAACUGGCGGCGCAUGAAGCACGCCGCGAAGCACGUCGUCGUCAACGUAUUGUAGCUACAGAAUCGUAA